CGCCUCACGUCGAGCAAUACGGUAACGAGAGCCGCGUGUCGAUAUUUCAAAGUGACAGUGCAGCAUUUAGCUAAUAUCGGAUUGUUCUGAGAUAUAUUUGUCAAAUGGACUGUGUGGAGGUGAUUUCAGAUGGGAUUAACGAGUAAAUGAACCAGAUAGGAGCUCUGAUAUGAAAUGGGCAUUCGGGAACGAUGGAGCGCUACCUACUAUAUCGUCUUAUUGUUCGUAAACUCUACCGGAAGCGAUUGGUCAAAAUGCGCUCAAUUAACGGAAUGCCAAUGCAAAUGGUCGUCAGGAAAGAAAACUGCAUCGUGUGUGUCGGCGGGACUAAAGCAAAUACCACAUUUGGCAUCAGAAAUCCAAGUUCUCGACUUACAUGGCAACCCAUUAAAGGCAUUAGAGCAAGACGCCUUCGCGAGUAUAGAACUGCUAAAUUUACAACGAUUAAAUCUCAGUUCGACGAACCUCCGUUCCUUGCAUCCGGGCGCUUUCAGAGAACUUCGAAUAUUAAUAGAAUUAGACCUCUCCCAAAACGAGCUAUUGCAACUGUCACCUGACACGUUUCGAGAAAACGACCGGCUAAGAUUGUUAAUACUUAACGACAACCCAUUAAGUGCAUUGGUUGCGGAACAGUUUCCACCGCUACAACAUUUGAAGAAAUUGGAACUUUCGAGAUGCAAAUUGCGUAGUAUACACCCAUAUGCUUUCGCAAACUUACGGGCGCUGGAAAUAUUACAUGUGCAUCAAAACUUACUUACUCACUUGCAUCAAGAUACUUUUAAUCUUCCUGUUUUGAAAACUUUAACGUUAUCUGAGAAUCCAUGGUAUUGUGACUGUAGGUUAAGAAACUUUCACGAAUGGUUUGUGGAUGUUAAUAGAAAUCUUGGUAACGAGGAAGUUUUUUGUAACGGACCCGAAACUUUGGCGCAAAUAUCGUGGAGGUCGAUAAAAGGACAGGAUAUGGUAUGUUCACCCACAGCCUAUUCAAGUCCGACUGUUAUUCGUACUGAAGCGGGUGCGGAUAUUAGCUUCGGUUGUUUUGUUCGUGGCGAUCCACAACCCACAGUAACAUGGACGUUCCGCCAUUUUGAAAUCCAUAACAGUACUAACCAACUAAGUGAAAUUUUGAUACAAACGUUUAAAUCUGAACAUUUCGACGAGUAUAACGACGAUUUUAUAAACAAAAGUGCCCAGUGGGUCAAUGUGACCAUAAAUAAUGUUACGAGUGACUUGUCGGGUGAAUGGAAAUGUAGUGCUAAGAGUUCUGCGGGUGAAUCUAAAGCUUACUUAACUUUGUUUUUGCCUAAAGCCCGAACAGCGACAGCUCGCGUCGCUCCGGAUUACUCUACAUUUUUAAUGGUAGGCGGAUCUAUGCUAGCUAUGACUUGUAUAGGUUUCAUAGCAGCGUGUGUUUGUUGGAAGACUAAACGUCGAAGAGUGCCACCAAGUCGAAGUUUCACGGACCAAGAAAAGAAACUACUGGACACAUCUUUAGCCGUUAGUUGUGAUAGGACUAGUGCAGAUAUGGGUUCGUCUUAUGGAUUUGAAAUGUUAGAUAGAUCAAUGUCGAUGGAGAGUGAGGAUACUCAACGUUGUUUGGAACCAGUACAAAUUACCAUUGAAGGUCCACCAGGCAGUUAUCCACCGCCACCCGCCGAAUUUGCAUUACCAGCUCCUUACGGGAACAUUUUUAUAUCAGUCCAAGUAGCCGGCCAUAAUGAGGAGUACCCCGAUUUGCUGGGUGGAGGUGCCACUUUACCGAGAAGGAGUAGGACAUGUUUCUUAAAGUCUACUUACGACAACAUGGGCCCCAGAAUAACAGCUGCUGGAAGCUCAACUUGGUCUCUCCCAGGUGCCAAUGUUGACAAUAAGAACAUCGAAACAGAUGUUCCUUUGACGAUGCCAUUGUCAACAUUUUCAACUGAGUUCACAGCUCUGUAAAAAUAGUAUGUAAGGAAUAAUAAUUAGUUAUACAUUAUGGAAUAAUUU